AUGGAAGAUCAACCUAAGAAGUUUCUUCACAUUGUUGUUUUUCCAUGGCUUGCUUUUGGUCAUAUUAGUCCUUUCUUUGAGCUUUCUAAACUCAUAGCUCAAAAGGGUCACAAAAUUUCAUUCAUUUCCACACCUAGAAACAUCAAACGCCUACCUCAAAUUCCUCCGAGUUUACAACUUUUGAUCGAAUUUGUAGAACUCCCACUUCCACAUAUAGAUCAACUACCUGAGAAUGCGGAAGCCACUAUGGACAUUCCAACAGAUAUUGUUCCAUAUCUCAAGAAAGCAUUUGAUGGUCUUCAACAACCUUUGACUCAGUUUUUGGAAACAUCUACUCCUGAUUGUAUCAUAUAUGACUUUGUACCUUAUUGGUUACCACCAGUGUUAUCAAAGCUUGGCAUGUUUAGCAUCUAUUUCUCUAUUUUUACUGCAUCUUUUUUAGAGGAACUCUUGGUUCUUAAGUCACACGAUGAGGACAAUGUUAUUUCUACUAUCCACUUUGAACAAAAUGAAUCUGGUGCUUCAGAUGUGUUUAGGAUGAAAGAAACCUUUUUUGGUGCUGAUUUUAUUGCUGUAAGAAGUUGCAUGGAGAUUGAAGGUAAGUCUGUAGAAUCGAUUGAAAAGGAAUGCAAGAAAAAAAUGAUUCCAGUUGGAUUAUUGGCACCUUCACUAGAAUUCAGUGAAGAUAAAAAAGAUGAAAGUUGGGAUACAAUCCUAGAGUGGUUGGAUAAACAGGAAAGAAAGUCAGUGGUAUAUGUUGCAUUUGGAAGUGAAGUGAUAUUAAAUGAUCAAGAAUUUAGUGAGAUAGCGAAAGGAUUGGAAUUGUCUAGUUUUCCCUUUCUUUGGAUUUUGAAGAACCAAGAUAAACAUGAUUGGUUUGUUGAGAAUGAUGCAUGUAAGAACGGAUUGAUUUGGAGUGAUUGGGCACCACAGUUGAGAAUCUUAUCGCACGAGUCGAUUGGAGGAUUCUUGACACAUUGUGGUUGGAGUUCAGUGAUUGAGAGUCUUCAGGUUGGGUGUCCACUUAUUAUAUUACCUUUUCAAAAUGAUCAAGGGUUAAAUGCUAGAGUUAUGGAAGAAAAAAUGGUUGGGGUAAAGGUAGAGAGAAAUGAUGAAAAAUUCAAUAGGGAUUCAGUGGCUAAAGCAUUGAGAUUGGUGAUGGUAGAGGAAGAAGGAAAGAGAUAUCGAAGUAAAGCUGAAGAGAUGGGUAAGAUAGUUGGAGACAAGGAGCUUCAGCAAAAAUAUAUAGAUGAUUUUGUUGAUUAUGUUGAGCUCAAUGUCCUUGCCUCUAAGCAUUAG